CAGCGCCAGGCCGAAGCGACUGUGGGGGCGGGUCGGGGGCGGAGCAGACACUCCGGAGCCUGCUCCCGGUGGGAGGGCGGUCCCCGCGGCAGCUUCUCGUCAUCUCCCCUUUCUCCGGUGGUGCUCGCCGCGGCCGCAUCUGGGAGAUCGUUGGAGCAGAACUACUGAGCAAAAGCAGGCUUUGCAUCUUCAGUUGUCAUCAAGUUUGCCAUCAAAUUGGAAAAGUUGAACUUGAAGCCUCCUGCCUGCAGGAGGCAGAGUGAUACAUAUUGCUCACAUAAUACAAGACAUGGGCUUCCACAUGACUUUUUACCUUUCCUACAAAUUCCGAUUACUAUUGCUUUUUACCUUAUGCCUGACAGUGGUCGGGUGGGCCACCAGUAACUAUUUUGUGGGUGCUAUUCAAGAGAUUCCUAAAGCAAAGGUAUUCAUUGCUAAUUUCAACAAGGCCAUCGUUUUGGGGAAGAAAGAAACUCUGACUAAUGAAGCAUCUGUGAAAAAAGCAGACCUCGACAACUGCCCUUCUACAUCUCCAUACCUCAGAGGUCAGGACAAGCUCAUUUUCAAACCAGAUCUUACUCUGGAAGAAGUGCAGGCAGAAAAUCCCAGAGUGCACAGAGGCCGGUAUCACCCUGAGGAGUGUAAGGCUUUACAGCGGGUUGCCAUCCUCAUUCCACACCGGAACAGAGAGAAACACCUGAUGUACCUGCUAGAACACCUUCAUCCCUUCUUGCAGAGGCAGCAGCUAGAGUAUGGCAUCUACAUUAUCCACCAGGCUGGAAGUAAAAAGUUUAAUCGAGCCAAACUCUUGAACGUGGGCUAUCUAGAAGCUCUCAAGGAUGAAAAUUGGGACUGCUUUAUAUUCCACGAUGUGGACUUGGUGCCAGAGAACGACUUGAACCUUUACAGGUGUGAGGAUCAGCCCAAGCAUCUGGUGGUUGGCAGGAACAGCACUGGGUACAGGCUACGUUACAGUGGAUAUUUUGGGGGUGUUACUGCCCUAAGCAGAGAGCAAUUUUUCAAGGUGAAUGGAUUCUCUAACAACUACUGGGGAUGGGGAGGCGAAGACGAUGACCUCAGACUCAGGGUUGAGCUUCAUAGAAUGAAAAUAAUCCGACCCAUGCCUGAAGUGGGUAAAUAUACAAUGAUCUUCCAUACUAGAGACCUGGGCAACGAGGUGAACAUAGAACGGAUGAAGCUCUUACAUCAGGUGUCAAGAGUCUGGAGAACAGAUGGGUUGAACAGUUGUAUUUAUAAGUUAGUCUCUGUGGAUUACAAUCCUUUAUAUAUCAACAUCACAGUGGAUUUUUGGUCUGCCCCAUGACCCUGGAUCAUCUGGUGAUGUUUGGAAGAACUGAAUAUUUGAUUGCAAUAAUUUUGGCCUAGAGACUUCCCCUAGUAGCACACAUUAAGAACUAGUUGUGGCUAAUUAUCUAGCCGAAUUUUCCCUUUUUAUAUUUUCUUAGCGGAGCUCCUGGUGAGAUGGAAUGUAACACACUUGUAACAAAACAGCUUUCUUUGUUAUUUUGAUCAUGAGGGUUAAAAUGUUGUAAAACAGGUACUUGAAGGACUAAAUGUAAAAGCAGUAAUCAAAAGAUAUGAUACAGGCUUCUUGGGAACUCUAAUUGAAGGAUAUUUAUUUAAGUUUGAAGUGAUACAUUGUGGGAUGAAAAAGGCCACAGGAAAUAAGGUUGCUGAAUGUCCCAGAGAACCAGAAUUGUUCUCAUCCGAGAGAUAAAGAUACGAAGAUGUAUUUCUGUUACUCAAUUUAUUUUGCAUGGUCAUCUGUGAAGAGAUGGGUCCCAGGUGAGAAGAAGGAAACAGAAGAGAGGAAAAGGAUGAGGAACCAAGAUGCAGUGAAUUUGGGAACAAAGAGCCACAUGGCGGGAGGACAGUGUUGUGCUGGCUGCUGCUGCUACUAUGCAGGUGGUAUCACCUGCCCGAUUACACCUUCUAGUAUGAGCCCAGAAAAAAAAAACACAUUAUCUACUAGUUUUUUAAGAAUUUUUGUAAAAUGAUUUUGUACAUGUAGGAUAUGAAUUAGCACUUUACUGAUUACAUAUUAACUAAUAAUACAUCAAAAAUACCUCUGCAGUAAAAUAUGAAAAGCUUUAGGUGCUCAA